AGAACCUAGUCAAAAAUGGCAAGAACUAAGCAGACCGCUCGUAAAUCCACCGGUGGCAAGGCCCCACGAAAGCAGCUGGCCACCAAGGCUGCACGUAAAAGCGCCCCGGCUACAGGCGGCGUGAAGAAGCCUCACCGCUACAGGCCUGGCACCGUAGCCCUGAGGGAGAUCCGUCGCUAUCAGAAGUCGACUGAGCUGCUGAUUCGCAAGCUGCCCUUCCAGCGCCUGGUCAGAGAAAUCGCCCAGGAUUUCAAGACCGACCUUCGCUUCCAGAGCUCAGCCGUGAUGGCUCUGCAGGAGGCCAGCGAGGCAUAUCUGGUUGGUCUGUUCGAGGAUACCAACCUGUGCGCCAUCCACGCCAAGAGAGUGACCAUCAUGCCCAAAGACAUCCAGCUGGCCCGCCGUAUCCGAGGCGAGCGUGCAUAAGUGAUUUCCGUUUGACCCUUCC